AUGUUCGAGCGCCGUGCAGCAGACCGUUACCAUCUGCACCGCCAUCGGGCGCGGUCCGUCGUCCUCACGUCGGAGGAGAUGGUCGAGGUGCGCGCGGCCCAGCGGACGUUUGAAGGAGCAUACAUCCGCACCUCCAUCUCGCAGUUUUCCUUUGCACUUAUCAUACUGAAAAUCUUCACGGCGGAGUUCUACAGUAUCGGUGCACUGUUCGCCGUCUACGGAGCGGGGGUGAUGACCAUCGGCCUGUUCAGGAGACAGCAGGGGAACAAGCAGUUUUUCGCCGAGGUCGAUGAGGACGGCGUCCAGAGGCGGAAGUUCAGGACGAGUGGGAACGUGGUGGUUGUGCUUACGGCGUUGAGUAUUGCGGCGUACGGGUGUUUGCUGGCCUUGACCUUGACGCUGGAGUAUAUCCUCCUCCUCCAUCCUACGCUUCCACACACUUCACCUUCUCUACAUCUCUUCACCUCAUCUCAUCAUCUACUCUACAUCUUCUUCAUCUUCAUCUACAUCUACAUCUACAUCUACCGUCAAAGAAACCACCAACGAGAGCGCAGAAAACACAUCGAACAGGUCAAAGAAGUACAGGGCAAGGCUGCGGUUUGCGACGGGCAGCUUCAGCUGCAGCUCAGCUUCAUGGCCGCUGGACACCAGACACCAUGCCACCAGCACUCGCAGCAUCAACACUCGCAUCUCGCCAGGGCCGUGGUCGUGAGAAAUUCUAGCUUCAGCUCAGCGCCGGCAUCGAUAGCAUCGCCAGCUUCAAGCACUACGACCAAGCCUCACAGGAACGACUUUCCCGGCAUCAAGAAUCGCGCUUUUUCGUCCUCGUCGAUUCCGCUGUCGCCUCUCGCGUCUGGAGGUGAUGGUGCGUCUUCAUCCGCGAGCAUGACGGACCUCGAUCACUCUCCCUCUGGCACUUCGUCCGGCACCCAUAGUCCUGCUACUUCUCCGGCUGCUUCGGGACAUCAUUAUGGCCAGACUCUGGCACCGCCUGCAAAAACCGUCGUGGGGAGAGCUCUGGGGAUAGAUCGCUUCUCUGAGCCCCAGCAGCGUCGAACCAGCGGCGGUGAGACUGCUGCUGCUCAAUCAUCUGGCGGUUUAGCUGCUCCAGGCUUUGGCAUCUCCAUGGCAGAUACUCCCCUUCCCAGUGCACCAGCGUCGCCCCAGAUCACACCGCGAUCCCUGGGCUCCGGAGCUUCGACUCCAGGAAAACACCGAGCCACUACUCUCGACAUACCCGGUCUUACAAAGUCCAAGGUCUCUCCGGACGGCCGUAUUGCACAGCGUGAUAUUGGAUCAAAGCUAGUCAUUGUCAUGGUUGGACUCCCAGCCAGAGGGAAAAGCUAUAUCACGAAGAAGUUGUGCCGCUACUUGAACUGGCUACAGCACGAUACAAGGAUAUUCAAUGUUGGAGAACGCCGUCGAGUAGUGGCCAGCUCUACUCCGCAAGUUGAACCAAAGGUGGUUGACCCGGCAGUUGAUGAAAAGCUGCGGAAAAGCGUACGAGAGCUCAGCAUAGGCGAUCUCCCUCCAGAGGAGCAGGCGAAGGCCGACGCGGCAGAGAAAAACGCUACUACACCACCAAAGGAUGUGCCAUCAGGCGAAAUACCACCACUUGAUAUGCCACCGAGCUCUGUCCCGCCAGCCACCAUUCUUGUGAACGACAAGGCCCCCGAAGAACCAGCAGAACAGCGCGAGCCAAGUCCCCUGACUGACGCUGCGUUGGACGAGGAGCAAUCUAAAUCUGAGGAUGGAAUGGACCAGUCCGCCAAAUUCUUCGACCCAGACAACAGACGUGCGGUCCAGCUGAGGGACCAGGUCGCCCUUGGUACCCUCGACGAACUACUGGACUACAUCCUUGAACAAGGUGGAAGCGCCGGCAUCCUCGAUGCAACCAACAGCACCCUGGAACGCCGUAAAGCGGUGAUGGCACGUAUUCGUGAACGGGCCGGACCGGAGCUCAACGUCCUCUUCUUGGAGAGUUGCUGCUACGACGCAAUGCUACUGGAAUCAAACAUGCGUCUCAAACUUUCAGGGCCUGACUACAAGGAUAUGGAACCAAUCGUUGCGCUGGAAGAUUUCAAGAAGCGUAUCAAGCUCUACGAACGCAGCUAUGUGCCUCUAGGAGAGUACGAGGAACAUCAUAACAUGCCAUACGUCCAGACCAUCGAUGUCUGUCGCAAAAUCGUCGCUCACCAAGCUACCGGUUUCAUGGCUUCCCAAGUUGUCUCCUACCUACUAAACUUCAACCUCUCCCCGCGUCAAAUCUGGAUAUCUCGCCAUGGUGAAAGCCUGGACGACAUCAGCGGGAGAAUAGGCGGCAAUGCACCCCUCAGCGAAAACGGGACUCGCUAUGCCAAAGCCCUUGCCAAAUUUAUCGAUCACCAACGCGCCCGCUGGGAAGAAUACCAAAAGAUAAAAGCCCUAUCAACCCACUUCCCGCCACGGCCCGGUGACAGCACGCCUCCAAACCCACAAUAUGCAGCUCAGAUAAUGGAGGGAGGGCGAAAUUUCUGCGUCUGGACUUCGAUGCUUACCCGCUCAAUCCAGACGGCACAAUUCUUCGACGAAGAGGAAUAUGAUAUCAAGGAGAUGAGAAUGCUUAACGAGUUGAAUGCGGGAUUAAUGGAAGGCCUGACAUAUGAUGAGAUUCGCGAACGAUUCCCUUCUGAUUUCGAGACAAGAAGGAAAGAGAAACUGCAUUAUCGAUUCCCUGGUCCUGGAGGAGAAGGCUAUUUGGACGUUGUCAAUCGACUGCGCGCCGUUAUCGUCGAAGUCGAGCGAAUGACGGACCAUGUCCUGCUCGUUGGACCCAGGUCGGUUGCCAGAACGUUACUGGCAUAUUUCCUAGGCCUGAAGAGGGAGGAUCUUACCGACCUUGCAGUGCCGCUGGGAAUAAUUUACUCUCUGGAACCGAAACCCUACGGCGUCGAAUACAAAGUCUACCAAUAUGACCCGCAAGCCUGCUGGUUUGAAGAACUUCCUAACUACAAAGUUGGGCAGAAGUCAUACUACUAA